AGGACCACGCUCACGGCACACACAUCUACAAACACACGCUCGUUUUCUUUUCAAUAUCGGGAUACACUUGUCGUGGGGUGUAGCGUUCACCAACUUUCAUCCAUUAUUCAUAAUGGGGGAAAGGGGCCAUGAGUCUCCGAUGGACUUCCAGUGGGAAGGGACUGGGCCCAGUGACCCAAACUCACCUUUUCGCAUGUCUGCUCUGAAUAAUAGUCUUACCCCUACAGCGCAGAAAAAACGUGAGUGUAAAGACAGCUCCUAUGCACGCUACGAAUAUUGACAGACAAGAGACAGGAGACCACUCGUCAUUUCAAUCCGAUACCCCUAAACUCGCCACACUCACGCCUCCCUCAUCACAACCUUUUCUCUUCCAAACAGCGUCAAGACCAGCCCCCCCGCUUUUUAAAAGCGCGUCAUUCACUACUCCUCGCCAAACUGCGGAUACCCCACGGAAGUCGCUGUUUUCCGUUGCUCGCGAUGCCACGGCAGAUGCUGAUAUGGAAACCCCCGAGACCCCGCAGACUCCCUGUUCGCCAGCUAAAGGAUCUCCGACAAAGUCUUCAGCAUUAAUCUCGCCAAUCCGUAAGACCGGCCGCGGUGAGAUCAAACGUGUGAGUAAUGACGGUGCGAUCAACAAGGUCCGUCGGCGCCGUAUGAAUCAAAAGUUCGAGCGUGGGGGCUGGUGGACGAUAUCUGGGCCCGCUGGGUCCGCCAGUGAGGACGAGGGCCAAGGCGCUGAAGAUGAUGAGGAUGACAACGAUGACGAUGGACGGCAGAUUUACGGAGACAUGAGUACUCCCCGGCGGUGGGGAUCAAAGGCCAGGUCCGCCGCUGCAAGGUGGGCUCAGACUCAUCGGGAAAUCCCGAUCAUCGCGUCGCAGUACCUGCAGCUAUUCUUCAAUCUCAGCAUACUGCUUUUGCUACUGUACGCCGUUUUCUGCUUCUACCUUACCAUCCGCCGGGACGUGGAUCAGAAAAUUGAGGAGUAUUCCGCAGAGAUUGUCCAGGAGAUGAGUCAGUGCGCGAAGGACUACGUUGAGAAUCGCUGUGAUCCGAAUAUGCGUGUGCCGGCGAUGGAAAUCAGGUGCACCGCCUGGGAACGCUGCAUGAAUAGGGAUCCUACGCAGGUUGGCAGGGCCAGGGUUUCGGCGGAGACGUUUGCAGAGAUCAUCAAUAGUUUUAUCGAACCCAUUAGCUAUAAAACAAUGGUAAGCACUUCUCUUUUAUAUCGGCUCUGGGGGAUGAAGGCUGAUAGAGGUAGUUCUUCUGCACUAUUCUCUUCUUCGGUGGCCUAACUGUCUCGAAUAUGGCCUUUGGAUAUUUCAGAGCUAAAACUCUCAACCAUCCGGCGCCGUAUCUUGCCGCUGCCGCUCCCAUGGCGGACCAUUGGGACCCUCACCAACAGCUCCACCAACAAACCGGAUAUAAAAGUGCUCCCGGAACACCCAUGCCCACUACCCCCGCGCGCGGAAUCAAGUAUAGGGAAUUAAGAACACCGGGAACCGCGAGAAGGAAUUUACAAUGGCAAUGAUGUGCAUUUGAGAUCGGAAGUGGAAGAUGGAAACAGGCUUGUGAAGGAUGUGUUAGUGGGAAAGAGGGGCAACUCGAUGCAAUGUAUGAAAUGGAGUUUUCGUUCAUGGGUUUGGGAUUUUUGAUUUUCUUCCCCUUUUAUUCUUGCUUUCGAGGGCGAGGGGAACAAUGGGCGGAGGCUAUACUCGACUGCAGUCUAUUUUUGCAACCCUGCGACUGUGGUCUGUCCUAUCCGGCUUGCGUGUUACCCGGAAUAUUCUGCUCUCUUUUGUCUUUCCAUAGGAUUUCUGGAGGUGCUUGGAUCGGGACCAGUACUCGGUAUCCGUAGAUGUAUCAAGACCGAUUCGCCCCCCUCUGUAGCAUCGUAUGUUUUGGCGGGAUACCAGUUUCUGUGUGCUUGUGCUUGGUGGCGGGCGGUCUGGAAGGCUAGGGAUAGUGCCGGUGCCAGGGGAGUAGGGGUCAAGUAGCAUGGUAAAAUCCCACGAUCCCAUGAUCCCGAUAGACGCCUCUGGCUCUAUCCCUUCGUAAGUUUUCCGGCACCCGAACCGCAGCAACAGCGUUGCCAACCCGUGCAGUGCAAAUGAUGAACGGCAAAACAACCUAAAAAUUUCCCAAUAUCGUGACAGAUCUUCUUCAGGGGAUUAUCGGCCAGGCCAGUCAAGAGUUGUAGCCUUUCCCACAAGGGUGUGUGU